AUGUACAGACCUGACGGGAGUGGGGGCACUGGUAGGAUGCUGAAGCAGGGCAGUGGGGGCACUGGUAGGGAGGGUAAGGAAGGCAGUGGGGGCACUGGUAGGGAGGGGAAGGAAGGCAGUAGGGGCACUAGUAGGAUGCUGAAGGAGGGCAGUGGUGGCAGUAGGGGCACUUGUGGGUUGCUGAGGGAGGGCAGUAGGGGCACUGGUAGGGAGGUGAAGGAAGGCAGUAGGGGCACUGGUAGGGAGGUGAAGGAAGGCAGUAGGGGCACUGGUAGGGAGGUGAAGGAGGGCAGUAGGGGCACUGGUAGGGAGGUGAAGGAAGGCAGUAGGGACACUGGUAGGGAGGUGAAGGAGGGCAGUAGGGGCAAUGGUAGGAUGCUGAAGGAGGGCAGUAGGGGCACUGGUAGGGAGAUGAAGGAAGGCAGUGGGGACACUGGUAGGAUGCUGAAGGAGGGCAGUAGGGGCACUGGUAGGGAGGUGAAGGAAGGCAGUAGGGACACUGGUAGGGAGGUGAAGGAAGGCAGUAGGGGCACUGGUAGGGAGGUGAAGGAAGGCAGUAGGGACACUGGUAGGUUGCUGAAGGAAGGCAGUAGGGACACUGGUAGGAUGCUGAAGGAAGGCAGUAGGGACACUGGUAGGGAGGUGAAGGAAGGCAGUAGGGACACUGGUAGGGAGGUGAAGGAGGGCAGUAGGGGCACUGGUAGGAUGCUGAAGGAGGGCAGUAGGGGCACUGGUAGGAUGCUGAAGGAGGGCAGUAGGGGCACUGGUAGGGAGGUGAAGGAAGGCAGUAGGGACACUGGUAGGGAGGUGAAGAAAGGCAGUAGGGGCACUGGUAGGGAGGUGAAGGAAGGCAGUAGGGACACUGGUAGGUUGCUGAAGGAAGGCAGUAGGGGCACUGGUAGGAUGCUGAAGGAAGGCAGUAGGGACACUGGUAGGGAGGUGAAGGAAGGCAGUAGGGGCACUGGUAGGGAGGUGAAGGAAGGCAGUAGGGGCACUGGUAGGGAGGUGAAGGAAGGCAGUAGGGACACUGGUAGGGAGGUGAAGGAAGGCAGUAGGGACACUGGUAGGGAGGUGAAGGAAGGCAGUAGGGGCACUGGUAGGUAG